AUGGGGGAAAGCGCUGUCUCUGCUGCUGUGGGACACCAAUCACGACCGGCAUUUCUCAGUCAGCCGGUCUACCAACUCGCAUGUGCAGCCUGCAUUCGUCCACUGUGUUUGCGCGCUAUGAAGGCUGUCAUGCUCAGCGAUCACUCCAAGGAGCUGUACUCGACAGACAUGCCGCCAGCUGGCCUCCAGCUCGUAAAUGAGGAUCGUCAAGUUCGCCAUUGCGCCUGUCGGAUCAGAGACAGCGCAUGCCUCGGCUGCGGCCAGGUUGCAGGGUACCAUGUCACCCAGCCUUGCUCGAAUUGCCUCAAUGACCAGAACAAUGGUCAUUUUUGGAUGUUUUAUUCCUCCGCUGUCUAUCAUUAUAAGCGGAACCGCAUCGGUGAGCAGAGUAGGCAGUAG